AAUAUUUCGUUGGGUGUCAAACUGACAGCAAAGUGUUGUGGGGACGACUUGCAAAAUUUGAUCCCAUUGUCAAAGAAGUAGAUUCAGUUUUUCGCUUUCAAAUAAUUCCAAUUUGAUAGAAUUCUAAGUAAUGUUGCCCUUUAACAAUGGAUUCGCUUCGCCUCUUUGGCAUAAUGGUCCAAUCCCAGGAGGAUUGUACAACUUCCCAGGACACAAUGGACCCGCUAGUCAGCCGAAAAAGGAUUACGGCGUUCAACGAGCAUCGCAACCAAUAACAACUGGAACCUCCGUAGUGGGACUAAAAUUCGAUGGUGGUGUCGUCAUAGCUGCUGAUAAUUUGGUUUCAUAUGGCUCAAUGGCGCGAUUCCAGGAUGUGCAGCGUGUUUUCAAUAUAAAUAACAAGACCGUUGUCGGCGCUGGUGGUGACUUUGCAGAUUUCCAGUGCAUCAAGCGCUACAUCGACCAAAAGAUCAUCGACGAUAUGUGUUACGCCGACGAAUAUGAAAUGAAACCUAAAUCGCUAUAUAACUGGCUGACACGCAUUCUCUACACAAAAAGAAGUAAAUUCGAGCCAUUGUGGGUUGACAUUGUGGUGGGUGGAGUGGAAGACGGCGUCCCAUUCUUGGGACAUGUUGAUCUGCGAGGACGGUCAUAUCAAGACGAUGUAAUAGCGACUGGAUUCGGAAAGCAUUUGGCGUUGCCAUUGUUAAGAGAAAGGACCGAAACAGGAAAACCCAUUGGCAGGGAUGAGGCGAUAGCUUUGGUGAAGAAAUGCAUGGAGGUGCUCUUCUAUCGGGACUGCCGUGCCUCGCCGAACUUCACGAUUUCAGUAUGCACAAAAGAAAAGGCGGAAAUAUUAGGACCAUUCAAGGUUUCUCAAAAUUGGGAAUUGGCGAAAUCGGUCGAGGGUUAUUGAGAUCGAAAAUAUUCUAUUUUUUGUAUUUGAUUAACGAAAUAAAUGCUUAUAAGUAUGGAGAGUA